GUCGCGUGGGGAGCGUGUCACGUGGGUCUCGAGGCGCGUCGAGCCGCGGAUAAAUACUGCGGGGCACCAGGCAGGCGGAGAGCGCACUCGACCUCCUCCUGCUCCACCACCGUCGCGGCUCCGAGAGUGCGGAGCGCCGGGCGUGCGCUCAGACCGGCCACAGGGUCCCUGCGGGUCAGCGGGUCUGCCCGCCGCAAAAUCCAGCAUGAAAAUCCUCCUGGCCUUGGCCGUCUUUUUUCUCAUCGCCACUCAACUGUUGGCGGAAGAAAGCAGAGCGGACGAUGGUGUGAACUAUUGGUCCGACUGGUCCGACAGCGACCAGAUCAAGGAGGAUCUGGCUGAGCCCGUUGAGCAUCUUCUACAGAGAAUCGCCCGGCGACCCAAGCCUCAGCAGUUCUUCGGAUUGAUGGGCAAACGGAAUGCUGGUAAGGCGAUUCCUGUUGUUGUCUUUCUUUCAGGACAUGCCCAUUUCUCUAGUAAAAGAAGACAUAAAACAGAUGCCUUUUAUGGACUAAUGGGCAAAAGAGCUUUAAAUUCUGUGGCUUACGAAAGGGAUGCGAUGCAGAAUUAUGAAAGAAGACGUAAAUAAACUACCUAAUGUGUUUACUGAGCUUCAUUUGUGU